AUGAUAAAUCUUCUUGAGCACCACAGACUGAUGAAGAGCAAGAAAGAUAACAGCAAGUCUACACGACUUGGGAAGUAUGUCAAUGAGCUACGCCGCAAGACAACGAAUGAGGCUCUGGCAAGGCGUGCCAAAGAAUUGGUACGCCAGUGGCGUCACUUGAUUGCACAUGAAAGUCCUGCUCCUUUACAAGUAUCAACAUCGAAUCAUCUUCGUAAUGGACUUACAGUGCCUACAACACGUUUGGGUGGGACAUUAAGUCCAGGGCUGCCUCGUACCACCCAAAGUGCUAGUGUAACUACAAAAAUUUCGAUCAGCCCACCUCUAAGUGAAAAUGUUGUGAACACACACAUUCCUACAGUUUCGCCUGCGGCAUCAAUAGCAUCGAGUGGGAAAAGUAGUAGUCCCUCCUUGCAAACUCAAUUGUCUUCCUCAGUUGCACGCCAUAAGCAAUCAGUGUAUCCUUACACAUCUCCUGUGACUCACAAUUCACAAACAAGAAAUCACAAAGUUCACAGACCAGAAUCUCCUGGUCUGACAAACACCCAUGUAAAUCAGGUAUUGGCAUCAGAAUCUGUACCAAAAACACAUGUAGCUAAUAAACGACUACGAAAAGAUUCACCCCCACCACCCCCACUCCCACCCCCACCACCACCAAGUACAGAAAAUUCACUUAAAUUCGGUCAGCCAAAUGGAGGUGUAGUUAGUAGUUCUGAUCUUGAAGUUGCACAUCCAAAUGUGGAGGUCAUUGAAGAAUGUAGUCGUGAUAGUUUUGGUGCAACAAGUGAUCAUGGAUCAAUAACUUUCUUAUCAGAAUCUCGUUCUGUACUGAAAAAUGAAGUGCCUCAAGAUAAUGGACUCUCUGUGCAUAUUAAAAAUAAAACUCCUGGACGCCGUAAGAGAAUAGCUUCAAAAGGUGCGAAAACAAAAACCACAUUGACAGACAAUUCUUCACACCCUUCAGCUGUUGAUGAUAUUGUUAAAGAGAAAAUAGCAUCUAUAGCUCGAAUACCAAAAGUUAAAACUACACAAGAAUUGCUUGCUGGAUUGCAAGCUAGAACUGUUCCUUCAGAAGAACUUCCAAGUGCAAAUUCUGUUCCCACAGGAAGUAGAACUAGUCUAAUGAAUUGUACUCUUCCUCAUAAACGAGGGAGUCCUUCUGACGCCCUUGAAAUAUCACGCAAUAAAACUGAGCAUAUUGCUAAAUUCUUGCGUUCACAAUCGGAACUACAAGAAUUUCAUAGGGAACAAACUACGAGUGAGUUGCCAAGAAGCUUUAAUGAGUGUAUGCCUCAUGCUUCACAAAGUGUGGAUACUGUAAAUGCUCCUCCAGUUUCAAGGAUAUCGAAGGAAGUGCAACCUUCCAAUAAUCUAUUUGACAAUUUUGAGCAAUCAGUGUCUUCAAAGGACAUUCAAAGUGCUUCAUCUGGUGCUGAGGGUUGUGCUGACAAAAUAGUUACAGAUAUUUUGGCUCGGUUGCCACCAGUUAAAUAUGAUGAAAUAAAGUGGGAUGAACCUCAAGAUUCAAUAGGCAAUGUGGUGUCUGUUGAAGAGACUGAAAAUUUAGUAGAUAGGCUGUAUAAUGAAAAUAUUGAUGGAAUUAGUGGCAAUUACAGUCAUGAAGCCAAUGGUGAUACGUUUCGUGAGUGGCAUGAGACAGUAGUGAGAACAUCGUAUCAGGGAGAUUUAUUAACUAUAUUGCCUUAUGUUGUAAUUGAUUAAAGAGAAAGAAAGAAAUUUUUUGUUGAUGUUUGUUAAAUCCUAUUAAUGAAGUGAUCCUUACGACACUUAAAGUGUUCCUUUCCU